AUGAAAAUAAAGGAAAAUAUUAAAUUAGACUUUAAUUCAACAAACAGCGAAUCGUAUAACGACUUAAUAACAUUAUCAGAAAUAAAACAUGCCAUAAUAUCCAGCAAAAAUUCUGCUCCUGGCCCAGACCAAAUAACAUAUAAUAUUCUUAAAAAACUACCCUCACUUACCCUACAAGCAUUAGAAAAGGCAUUCAAUCAUAUUUGGACACAAGCUGAUGUUCCAAAUGAAUGGCAUGAGGCUUUAGUAUUCCCAAUACCUAAACCUGGUAAAUCAAAAAUCAACCCUGAAAAUUACAGACCUAUUUCAUUAACAAACACUCUCUGUAAAAUCUUUGAAAAAUUAAUAUUAAAU